GAGGAACCGCCUCAAUACCAAAGACCGUUAGCCAUCCAUUGGGUGUCUGGAGCUGAGUAACUGUUUGCUCUAUGCGGUACAUAAACAUUGCUUUACCUAAAAAAUGCAUUAAACGCGUUACCUUACAGCAUAAUUCAAGUUACAAAGGAUAAAUGUAACCGACUGACUGUGUGAAUAAAUCAUAUUCAAACAACCAACCACGAACUCGUGUCCCUGCCUCUCGAUGUCAUACCAAUCACAACUGAUCACGUGACAUUUGGUCUCAACGGAUGGGCUACUGAAAGUGUCACUCAGUUACUACCCGGAAGUUUACAUUUUUGCAGCCUGUAGAUGCAGGAUGGAAACCCGAGCUGCUGUUUUUUGAAAGGUUAGUGACACACAGACUCAUUUGACGAUUACUUUAUUAAAAACUGGCAAUGAGGAAAAUAAGCAUGUAUGUAUUGUGGAUGUCAUAUGUAUGUGUCAUUUGCAUACGUCAUAUGUCGAAGUGUGAACCUCAGUGAACCCAUUGACGUUACCCACCUUUGGUCUGAUGUUUUACCCUCUGCUGGUGAAAAGUUUGGACCUCAUUGCUAUUAAGUUAACCGGCUGGAAUUAAGUUUAUUCUGCCCUUUUUAAACAUUUGUGUUUCUACAUUAUUGGUGCAGUAUGCAGCCCUACAUGACAGCUGAGAUAAUACUACAAUGUCACGUGAAUGCCAUCUUAUAUUUAUACAGAGACUGUGAGACACUUGAUAAAUUACACCCUAGAACAGUAGACUCCUUAUUACUUUUAAAUCAAUAAUCAUAAAGCUGUGUGUAAUAUCUUCAAUCUAUUCAGCACAUGUUUACUCAAUGUGAGGGUGGUAAGUUGUGACUCCACCUGCAUGUUAUGAUUGUGAUGUUUGUCCUUCUAUGUGUGGACCUACAGUGCACCAUGGGUAACACAGAAAGUGUGGUGGUGCAGAAGCGGCUUGCCCGCUUUCGCCCAGAGGAGCGUCCUGUGAUUGAAGGAGUGUUUGACAGACUUCAGGGCAGUGGAGGAUCUUCAGGGAAGACUCUAACACUUCAGAUGCUGCAGGUGAGACCAUAACACAGUUCAGCCACUUAAUAAACACGAGUCACUCAAACAGUUUGACUAAAUGUAGAUUGAAAAAUGCAGACUCUGCAGUUUUGCGUUACUUUUUGUCUCAUUAAAAAACUUUUUGUCUUAGAUUGAAACUUUGAGAGUAGGCACAAUUAUACAGAAUUUACUUGACAGCUCAUAUCAAGGUAUUGUCUUUCCAUCCUGUUUUUCAGUGGAGGAGUUUUAGAGAAAAUGCUCUGUAUCUAAAUAUAACAGCCUGCUUUGAUGACAGACUUAUGUCUCUGUUCACCACUUUUCUACUGAGUGAUUAUCAGUCAUCCAUUGUCACAUUUCUGCACAAGAGCAGACAAGACAGAAAUUCCUGCAAAAUCUAUUGAGAUGAGCAACAGACUGUCAGCACUGAGAUGUUCAUUUUCUUUGUUUAGACAUGAUUAUCUCUCUGUUGUAAACAAACACUGUCAAACCACUAAUGUUGCCACAUGCAAUAUAUGUAUUUAAUAAGUUUAUUUCUACUUCAAUUUAUUUAAUUGGUGAAGUACCAUGACUAACUUCUGGGCGGGAUAUAAUUUAUUGAUGCUGGAGUCAAAAACAAAUCAACAGUGGCACCCAUUGAACUCCAUUACUUCCUUAUCUUUUCCAGUCCUCAAUGAAUAGCUUAGCACCAGACUCGAUGGUGAAGAGGGUCUAUCAGUGCAUGUGCAGUAUUGACCCUGGACAUGCAGCCCCUGGAGCUUCUGGGAAGACCAGCGCCCCUGCUGCUUCUGGAGUCGGCCGAGAGCAGCUAGUGAUCUUCCUGGCGGAUACUCUGAGAGGAACUGCAGAGGAACGGUCUCCUCUUGUCAUGGCUAUGUCUACUCCUGCAGCAGGUGUGGCAACAACUGUCACAUGUGAGCAGGUUGCAGAGGUAAAAAAAAUGGUUACAUAAUACAUCAGUUCUGUGGAAAUUUUGCCUCUACUUGAUUUUUGCAUUUGAUGUCUACCCCUUUCUCUCUCUGCUUCUCUUUGUUUGUAGUUCCUACAGGACCUGAUUUCCGCUGUAGUUCAGAUUCUGGUCCAAAGAGGGCGUCUGCAGGGCUGGCAGCCUGACAGAAUGGGUGAUGGCUUUUUGGGUGUUAAACUUCUGGCAGAGCAGAUGUGCUCUGAACUCAAACCCUCAGGUAAACAUGUGGUUUAAUUGUUUUCAGAGUGCAUUAGAAAUAAGGAAAAGCGAUUGUUGAUUCUUCUCUCCUACCUUUUUUUACAUACUGCUCUCUCUUCAGAUCAGGGACUUUGUGAUGUUUCUUGCCUGGAGGAUUGGAUUUUCAGGGUCUCUCAGGUGUCUUUGUACCUGGAGAUGCUGGUAGCUGAAGGCUUGAAUGUGUCCCUGAGUGGCAGGCCGGCCCCGACCCUGCUGCCCCCCUGCAGAGAAAAGCCCUGGAAAGACCUGAAGUGUCUGCUGGACCUUCCCACUCUUAUGUUUCUGGCACCACAGGUCAGAAUACAAGUUUUGUUUGAUUUUCAUCCAAAUUGAAUUCACUUGUCUUUGGUGUGAUGACUACAAAGGUGUCAUGGAUCAUUUUUCACUCCAAUUUAGUUAUUUUUUUGGGACUAAGAUGUUAAUUUCUGUUUAAUGUUCAAACGUUUUUAUGAUUUUUAAUCAUUUUUACAAUAUGUUUCACUCACAAAUUUCUCUUUGUUACUCCUUAAGAUGGAGGAGCAGCUGAGAAAGUCUUCCUUUUGAAAUGUUUUGCAUAUCAAAUUUUCUACCACACUAACUCUGUCUUUAUCUUUAGUUGCCAGACAGCUACAGUGCCCCCUGGAGGCUUGUCUUUUCCACAAGGCUGCACGGUGAGAGCUUCACCAGGAUGGUGGCUGGCCUGAUAAAGCGUGGGCCCACACUGCUACUCUUGAAAGACACAAAGGGACACGUAUUUGGGGGCUUCGCCUCCCACACCUGGGAGGUCAAACCUCAGUUCCAGGGUAAGAGACCUGCUCGGUUUGAUCACACAGCAGUUUCAUGUCUAUCAUGACUGUCACAAAUUUUAUGAAAUCUUUCAUGUACAAAUCCAUGUGUAGUAGCAGCUAACUGGUACAAGCAGCCGAUUCACUAAAUUAAACUUAAACAGUAAUUGAACCACAUGUAAUUUUAUAUUUCAGAAUCGAAAUAAAACAUGUACAAGAGGAAUUUAAAGAGUUUAGACCACAUAGAGUCUUCAAACCCACACAGGAAAGAGUUUAUUCCUGUGGUAGAACAGUACCUUUAUUUUGGUGAAGGUCAGAUCAAGUUUAAUGGAGUAAAAUGACACAUUGAGGAAGUAAUAUUUAUUUUUUGAAUAAUAGUCACUUGACUCUUCUGUCAGAUCUUCAUCAUUUGUAAAUGUGUGUGUUUGUGUGUGUGUGUGUGUGUGUGUGCAGGCAACUCCAGAUGCUUCCUGUUCACGGUGUUUCCCACACUGAGAGUUUACACAGCUACAGGAUACAACCAACACUUCAUGUACCUUAACCAGAACCAGCAGACCAUGCCCAAUGGACUGGUGAGUUUAAGCUGCUUUAACAAAGCAGAUCAGACAUAUCAUAGGAAGAGUCUCCUUAUUUAACCAGCCUGCUGAGGGUCAGUAUGGUUGGGCUCGUAUGGGUAAAGUGUUAGCUCCUAAAUAUUUGUAUCACUUGACACUUGAUCAGGGUUGCCAAGUUUUUCAGCAUCAGAUAAGGUACAAAAUGUUUUGUCAGGAGCUCAGUGACACAGCAAUGUGGGUAUGAUUUGUUUUUGUAAUAUCAAAGCAGGAAAUCUGGAGUUGUCGGUUUUAUUAUGCAAGUUAUAUCAAUAAACCUCUCUUAGGUUAGAAUAGCUUAGAUAGACUUUAUUGAUUUUUUUGUGAAGUUUCCUUCAAAGAAAUAAAAAUUCCUCCAGCAUCAGAAAAACAAAACAAAACAAAACAGAACAAUCAAAUAAGUAAGAAAUAAAGAUGCAAUAUAUAUCAACCAUCAUUCAAACCACCCUUCUGUACUGUAGGAGCCAGGUUAAGUAUUUGUUUUGAUGUUUGCUUGUUUGUGUUGUUUAAUUGUUUAUUCUGGUAACUUCUAUUGUAAUGGGAAGUGACACCAGGGAGUGAGCUCACAGUCAUAUCUGGGAAGAAAAAAAACAGUGACAGGUGUCGCUGAUUGGGAAGAGCACAUUUUCUUUGAUUGUGGCAUUGGUGGCAUGGUGGAGAAACAGUGAUAUGGUUGAUUUGGAUUUGCUGUAAUAAAUACCCUUUAUUUUAACAAGAGUUUUCCCAUUUGGACAUUGGUUUAAGAGCACCCAUGCAAGCAUCAGUAAGCACCAGUGUUAACUUUUUUCACUUUUUUUAUGGCAAGAGAGAAAAAAGUCAGCACAUGUACUGUUCCACGUGUUUCUUUGAUAUGCUUUCUGUCACCAACCGGGCCAAACUCACACGCAUCACAAACACAUCAUCGCUAAAAUCAUCGGUCCCCCCACACCAAUCUUCACAGAAUGAAAUAAGAGGUCCAUCACUUGCCAAGCAAACUCCAUAGCGCAAGACGUCACUCACCCACUGAACCAAUAUAUCAUCCCACCACCCUCAGGGCGCAGGGAGGGGGUUGAUGGACAUUAUCAGUUCAUGUUUGGCCACUGGCUGGUUCAGAUCUGAUGAAAGGUUUGCCAAAUUUUGUCCGGUGAUCAUAGAGAUGUACUGUGAAUUUAGGGGGACACAUUUAGUUCAUGAUGUCCUGUCUAAUAUGGGAAAGUUAGGAACCUUAACCAUGAUAUAGGAUAAAACAAUUGAUGAUAGUAAGGGUUUUAGUUUUCUUGUAAUUCUGAUUUGGUGACAUGACAACUCAGUUCAUGCAGCUUUAAAAACCGUUCAGAAAACUUUAAUCUCUUCUGAUGAGGAUCACUGGUAUGACCUCAUUAUCAUCUACAGCUUCACUUUCACACUUUCACUGAAAAACUUUGUUUUGGCUGCUUUGAUGAUAAGUUUUUAAUUUCAAUUUAAGCAUUGGUGGCUAAUUUUUUAGCAACAUUUUUAGUUUUAUGAUGGAAUUUCUAAAAAAUAAUCUAGACACUUGCAUCUGCCCCUUGCAUAUCUGAUCCGUAUGUUUCUUUGUUGUGCCAUCAGGGCAUGGGCGGUCAGCACGGAUACUUCGGCCUGUGGUUAGACUGUGAUUUUGGCCGUGGUCACAGCCGUGCGCGGCCCAAGUGCACCACCUACGGCAGCCCUCAGCUCUCUGGUGAGGAGGACUUCACGCUGGACUUCAUGGAAGUUUGGGCAGUUGGAAAACCUCCAGAACCAGAAGAGGUCAGACGAUUAGUUUCUCUUCUAUUGUUUGACCAUGUAGUUGUUGACUUUUAGCUGCAGGGCUGGCACAAUAAAGGCAGACAGGAAACACAGGGGGAACAAAGGCUGGAUGGGUUGUGGCACAAAUCAAUUGUCAAUGUGUGGAUAGUGGGGUUAUACAGGGUGACAGUUCUGCAUGCUAUAUUGUUUUUUUAAAUCAAUCCUGUACAUGCUCACACCCAUAUUACGUAGAAAUAUAAAAAACCCCUGACCAAUUUUACUAAGAAUUUAGUUGGAAAAGAAAACGUGUAUCAGAGAUUAAAACACUUCCUAAAACUGUAAAACGAGAAACUCACUGAGGUCUGAGAACUGUGUUAUGACUGUCAGAUUGCUUCAGUUGUUGUGUAUAGAUUUAUGUGCCUUCAUUAUCCAUAAACACCUGCAGGAAAUGUCCUCAAAUGGGGCAAAAAAAAAAAAAAAACUACUCAGUCGCAGCGUUGCCCAGAUUAAGUUAAGUUUGGUGGUUAAAGAUAAACAGCAAAUUAUCCCUUUAACUUCUUAGAAUUUGUUUUCUCUUUUUCCACAAUUAAAAAGCCAUGCGCUUUAAAUGAAACAAAUGUCAAAAGAUGACAAAGUUACUAGUUCUGGACCUCUUCACCUAAAAGAUAAGAGCUCAGUUUUUGUUUGGUAUUACUGGGUUUAAAAACACACUUUUCUAACCCAUGACUAUGACUGCAUGUCAGACAUGUGCUCAUACAGUGUCAGACUUACAGAAUACAGGUUAAUACAAAAUAACCUGUGAUUUCACCUUUCGGCUGAAACAGAUCAGGAACAACAGAUUGUGUCUCUGUGUUGAAAGAUAGUUGCUAUUGGUAUAAAACAUGUUCAAUAAUUUCCAAACAAAAUUUGGAUUAUCUACAUUAGACACGGACCGUUUAAUGAGACCAAUGAAUGCAUUUUGUAAAAUUCACCAUCAGCCAAUGUCUGACCUCUUAAAAAAUCCCAAAGAUAAUAUCUGCAGACAUCGCAGACAGCUUUGUAAAUGUGAAGCAAUGUCAACAUGAUCGUUGGGUUGGGCUUACUAAGUUUAGUUUUGUUAUCUUUCCUGUGAAAUAGAUGUCUACUCGUGCUUUCUUAUAGAUUUGUUUAAGUUAGGGAUAUCACAUUGUAGAGACUGAAUCCCCCUUUCUGUCCGUCUUGUCUCAACUUGUCCAGAUAAAUUAAGGAAAUUGUCUUUUGAUGCUAUCGGAGAAAUGACAUUUUUCAAAGAUUUUCAAUAGGAGAAGAUGAAAUCAUGAACCACAUACGACAUGACUCAUUUCUGAAGAUUGAACUGAAGUGUGUGACAUUUAUGUGUGACAGUUACAGUUUACUGAUGAUUGUGGGAAUUGUGUCAGAGCGCACUUGAAAAGCUGUGCGAUAUACUAAUAAAUGGUGAUGCUGAGCUAAAGCUGGGUGCAGGUUUUACUCUCCACGAGGCUACUGCUUCAUGAGAUAGUUGGUUGUUUAAAGUCCUUAAAACAUUGUUUUAUUAAGCAGUAUUUCCCCUAUCCUAGCCACAGUUACAGUUUGGUCAUUAAUCACAUUCUGAAUCUUUAAUGUAGACGUAUUUUACUGUGUGGCAGUCAUAUAGGUCUACAUUACAGUCUGUUUUACUGAAAUGUAUGAAAAAUAAAACCCUAGUGGCAUUUCUUUUUACUCUGUGUUUCAGGGGGAGGAGGGGGGCGGCAAGAGGAGCGUUCUGGAUAUGGAUCCAGAGGCCCAGGCCAUAAUGGAAAUGACGGGGAAGACUCUGCACAGUCAGGGCCUGAGGGAGCCUGAGGAAGACCAGGAGUAGUGACGACCACUUGGGGACUGACAAAAACAGUUUUACUGUGCUGAGACUUCAGCUGACUCUGACAAGGUCUGAAACAGCUAGAAAAACUUCAUGCCUGACUUUCAGAGUUAUGUCCAGUAUACACGGCAUCAUCAGAUUAUCCUGUUUUCAGGUCUGCUGGGACGAACUGCUGCAGCUUUUAAUGACACAUAAGACUGAAGUUACUCUCAUCUACCCCAAACACACAUUGGGAGUAAGGCUGAACACAUUUAAAUGAAAGUCAUGGGUGCACUGCGAAUAGACAAAAGCUAUAGUGAGUUGAUGAUUGUGGAGAGGCAGAGGAGCCCCUUCAGCAGUUUAGACCUCUAAACUUCUGACUCUUUAUUUAAUUUCUAAAGCUGAGCCCACCCCAUGCAAAGGGAAACGCAAAACCACUGACUGCAGCUGGGAUGAAAGUUGUCUUGAAAAUAUGAAAAUUUUACUGUCUUUCCCAUAACAAGCUGCAGGCUUUAGUGGCUAAUAUUAUCAUGUGAGACAAGUUUCCUUUUGGUCAUAGUUCAGUAGAGAAGUGGUUCCUCUUCUACAAAGUUUUAAAAGGAAGUAUGUCUGUCAUUUCAUAUGUGAGUGUUAAUUUCAGAAUGAAAACUAAUCGUACAUUUUUAUCUCUACACUGUUGUAAAAAAUCUCAAUUUGAGAGACAUGACCCUUACAGACAGUGUCUUUCUAGCUGUUUUGUGAGCUAGUGCAUACUUACAAGUGUUUGACUAAUGGCAUUAUUCUUCAUAAGUGACUGAGAUGCUUCAUAGUUAUUCAGAAAAUUUGCACAAUGUGAUAAAUGGACCCUAAAAGUUUCAAUGUUCCUCGGGUACACUAAUCUCAGAAUACUCUAUAAAUACAGUACAGGCCAAAAGUUUGGACACACCUUCUCAUUCAAUGUCUUUUCUUUAUUUUUUUAUAUGACUAUUUACAUUGUAGAUUAUUACUGAAGGCAUUAAAACUAUGAAUGAACACAUGUAGAAUUUUGUACUUAUAAAAAAAGUGUGAAAUAACCGAAAACAUGUUUUAUAUUCUAGUUUCUUUAAAAUAGCCACCCUUUGCUCUUGAUGACAGAAGUACCUUGUCAGGGUUACUUCAGGCACUCCUGUGAAGUAAAAACCAUUUCAAGUCACUGACUUUCUUGUUAUUUAUUGAAAUGUGAAGAAUAGAUAGAGUAAUACUGAAGGGGUCAAGACAAGUGGGCCCAGCAGAUGUCUGUUCAUUUUUAAUUCUUAAAAUCUUGGGCUGGAAACUUAAAAAAAAAAAACAGAAAAACUUAAUUACAUUCUCAAAGUACUUUACUUGACAAAUUAAAAUCACUGUUUAAACAUGAGCCAGUUCUGCUUUAUAUGAGGGCACAUUUAGACCUGUUUGACUAAUCUUGCUACUCUCAGAUGCCUAAAAGGUAGCUUUGAAUGAUUCCCAGCUCAAGUCUGACAAAGCUCUUCAGCCACAAAACAAGUUUGAGGAUAAAACCAACAUUAGUGCAUCUGAUGUUGUGAAGCUUUGCCAAGGUUAAAUUCAGACAUUCAACAUUGUAACACUAUAUGCUUGUAGUAAAAUAAAUCGGUCUGCUUCAAGGUUCAGGGUGAAUAGGUAGAGCAUCAGAGUGCAGUGCAUGUGCUCACCUUGCAGCUCCUUUUCCCAAAUUGAUGAUGGUAUCAAUAUGUUGAACACACACACACACACACACAGGACCCCUAGUGACAGAAAAAGCACCCACCAAAGACCCAAACACAGUUCUCGAUUUGAAUCCAAGAGCCAUUUUGGUAAAUAUCUAGGGUCCAGCUGAACCGAUUAAGACAUGUAUGUUUUUUAAUGUUCAUUCCUUCUUCUUGUAAUUGAACAAAGAAGAAAUCAGAAGAAGACUGAUGUGUCUGUCAGUAUGUGUAUGUGUGUUUGUGUGGUGAAUAAAUACUACACUGUUGAGAGGAUUUAAGUCCUGCUUGCUCUUGUUUGUCUGACUGGAGGGGACUUUUGUAAUGAGUUUAGCUUCUCUUUAUUUGAUCAUGCACAUCAGUAGCUUUAAUCUGCAGUGAGAAAGUUGUGACUCGUGAUAAAAACAGGUGUGAAACUAAAAAGCUGCAUUCACCCUCACUAGUCCGUCUGUUCUGCUAUUAUGCAAAUUACUAAAGCAGGUCACACAUGCAAAGCUGAUCUAUGAUCUUUAUGGCUGUUUCCACAGGAACAGGAGAGACAUAGCUCCAUGAACAUGUUGAGACUUCUCUUAACAUUUAUGUUUGUUUUAUCCUCAUAAUUAGACAGUAUUUGACCCAUGAGAUAACCUAACAUUAGACGCCCCCCAGCAUGAGAGAAAAUGCUUUUUAUGACAACUGUUAAUAAUAAUAUAUUGAUGCUAACCAUAAGGUAAAAACUCCCAGUGAGUUUUACGAGUUCUACUUUUACGAAGGACUCUAACGGGAGCAUCCACAGACUCAUUCCUCCAUAACAGUGCCAGAGCUCAUGAUAUUAAAAGAUCUGUUCUCUGGUUGACAGUGAAAGAUUUGGAGGGUUAGUCAACACGUUGGAGCUCAAGAAUAAAUUCUCAUCACAGGCACGUCAAAAUCGAAUUAUGGCUCCUUGCAAAGAGCCAAACCCUGAAGUUAUAUACUGUGAGAUUCAAGCAAGCAGAGUACAUCUCAUUAUGAAUGGCCAGACAACGAGCUACUUAGAGCUACAUUGCUUCUUUUAAAAUAUCUCACCAUGAAUUUGUUAUUGUUAUUGCAAAAUGUUAUAUUAUGUGAAACUGUGAUAUUGUUAAACACCGGCAGGGCCUUAAAACAUCUAGCAGAAAUAAAGGGGAUUACACUAAACUGUUACACUAAGGAUUCAGAGCAGGGGUGGGCAAUCAUGUGCCAUGGAGGGCUGAGAGGCUGCAGGUUUUCUUUCCAACCCAAAACUCCACCAGGUGAUUUCACUGAUUAGUCCCUGCUCUCUGCUUGGAGGUAAGGUAAUCAGUGAAAUCACCUGGUGGAGUUUGGGUUGGAAAGAAAACCUGCAGCCUCUCGGCCCUCCAUGGCACAUGAUUGCCCACCCCUGAUUUAGAGCAAUCUUUGGACCCGCUAAAGCAGUCAUAGGAUGAGGACCAAAAGGAAAAAAUGUUGUGGUCUAACAAAGUUCUUACGUUUCCAAGUAAGAGUGCAGGUCUCUCUCCUAUAAAACAUACUGCUUAUACAUUAACAGGUAAGUCACAGCUUUGCCACAAUUAUCUUAAAGAGAAAGUUUCUCGCAGGAUCUUGAAGGAUUUUUCCAAAAAAGUAGGAAAAAAAUUAUCUUGUUUCUUUAAUGUAUUUUCACAUUCUUUCACCACAGAUACACAGUGUCUUUACCUCAAACACCCGAAUCUGGCUAGUAAAAUUUUAUACAAAUUUGAUGACACAAGUCAGACCUGCACCUUAGAGCCAGCAGUUUUACUGUUAACUGGCAGAAAAAAAAAUCAUACAAAGCAACAUUGAACACACACAUCUAACAGCACAUGUUCCUCUAAAUUCUCCUGAGUUAAAACUUUGAUCCCUUCUGGUGGUGUUCAGAGUCAAGUUUGUAGUUCCUCUUUCCUAUUUUUUAUACAUUUUUGCAAUAGUUUAAUUGUUUUUUGUUUUUGCAGUGCUGUUAAUGGAGUCCUAAAGGCAAAGAGGUCAACAGAAAACCACAGCCAGGUUGAAGGGGUUUGGACUUCAACUAUCUUAAAUGGCUUUCCAUAAAAGCUUGCAUCUUUCUCCAGGAAUCUGCUUGUGCAGCGGCGUGGAGUGCAUGGUGACCUCCACACAUAACAAAGGCUGCAGGAGAAAGAAUAAACAUUUCCAUCAUUUUGAACAUCAGCACAUAUUUCACGUUACAGUGAGCAGCUUUAGAUUUAAAAAUGUAACAAGAUAGGACUCACAUUUCUUUGGUUUGACCAUGUAUAGUGGCUGCCUUGCAUUUGGUGCAUAAGGAGGUUCAAUCAGGUGACCAGCACCCGGGUAUGAUAGGCGGGUAAACAGAUGAGAUUUACCAGCAGCGUUCAGGGCCUCUUCAAUCUGAUGAAGAAUGAAUUGGAGUUUUAUCAGCAAGAACACCCGAUGAAUGUGCAAUAAGAACGUGAACACAAGUGUAUUAAAGUCAAGCACAACGAUUGGUUAUAUUUGCAAACUCAGUUAUCAAGAUUUGCAAAAGUUAGACACUAUAAAAAGUAUAGUGUGGUGAGACGCCUCCUCAUCCUGUGUUAUUUUGGCUGGACUUCUUGUUUUUCCCUAUCUGCCUGUUCUGGCUGUGCUCUUUUCCAGGGCUUCCUCCCCUCCCCCGGCGCUGAGGCUGAGUGAGACGACACACCUGCUACUCGUCUCCAAUCAAGGGACUUUAAGAAGCCUGCAGCCCUCAGUCUCAGCGCCUGAGUAUUGUCUACCCUGCCCAGCGGUAAAGACGCGUCUCCUGGCCAAAACCUCGUGGUAUAACUUUCUGAACUUUACUCCUUGUGACUCGUUGCAUGUCCCUUAACUCCUGUCUCCUCUGGUUUCUCCUGCAGUGUCUCCAGCCCACACGACAGCCAGCCUACCAGCCAACCAACCUGUCUCAGUGUCUGCUUCUGGGUCCUCACUACAAGCCUGCCGCACAACAGAAUACUCAGGCCAGGAGAAUGGACCCAACAGACCCAGACCGAGUUCAGCUAGCCGUCCAGAAGCUCGGCACGCGGAUUGGCCAACAUGAGGAGAUGCUCCAGAGUCUCCAUCAGUCGCUUCAUGGCCUCUCCAUUCAAAUGUCGCAGCUGGCGGAGCAACUACUCCCUCGGCCUCCACCACAACAACCAGGAUUCCCCCCCUCUGUGAGUACAGUCCCCUCUUCACCUCCUCCACCACCCGCUACCCUCAAAGAGCCCUAUGUCCCUCCUCCUGAGCCGUAUGCUGGGGAGAUUGGGGGCUGCAGAGGUUUCCUGCUUCGUUGCGCCUUAGUAUUUGACCAACAGCCCAUUAGCUACCCCUCAGAUCGAGCUAAGGUCGCUUACACCAUUAAUCUGUUAAGAGGUAGGGCCGCUAAGUGGGCUACAGCCGUCUGGGAUAGGGACUCACCUCUGUUCACUUCUUAUGCCCGCUUUUCCGAAGAGCUCCCGAGAAUAUUUGAUUUUCCUGUCGAGGGCCCCGAGUGUACCAAGCGGCUAUUUUCCCUCACCCAGAGCUCUCGGUCAGUGGCGGAGUACUCCAUUGAGUUCCGUACUGUGGCGGCCGAGAGUGGGUGGGGGGACCUCGAGUUAAAGGGGAUAUUCACUCGGGGUCUCUCUGAACAAUUGAAGGACGAGCUAGCGACUCGUGAUGAGCCCUCCUCCCUGGAGGAGCUAAUAGCACUAGCUAUUAGAAUUGAUAAUCGCCUCAGGGAGAGACGGAGGGAGAAGAAAAACCAUUCCUUAGUCCCUAGAAUAGACUCCCCUUCCUCUGUUGCGGUCAGCGGGUCUCCUCUGCAGCCCUCAGUCUUCCCGGAUCCGGCGCCAUCUGCAGGUGAACCCAUGCAGAUCGGCCACACUAAGCUUCACCCGGAUGAACGGAGAAGGAGGGUAGAGAAGAGGCUGUGCAUCUAUUGUGGCCAGGCCGGUCACUUUCUAAUCAACUGCCCAAACAAGUUAAACGGCCAGGCUCAUCCGUGACUGAGGGCACACUGAUGAGCCAUACCUCCUCCGUUGCCAGCUCUCCCAAACGCAUCCUGGUACCUGCUUGUCUCCUGUGGGGAAAGGAGUCCACUUCCCUCCAAACCCUUAUUGACUCUGGGGCGGAUGAUAACUUCAUUCAUGCUGGACUGGCAGCGCGGCUUCAGCUCCCCCUGGAGGAACUCCCGGCUCCCCGUAAGGUCACCGCUCUCGAUGGCAGAGUUAUAGCCUCCAUCACCCACUGCACAGUUCCUCUCACCCUCAUCCUCUCCGGAAAUCAUCGGGAGGACAUCCGGCUGUUCCUGCUUCCAUCUCCUCACUCUCCCCUGGUGCUGGGACUCCCUUGGCUACAAAUCCACAACCCUCAGAUUAACUGGUCCACAUCUUCAAUCUCCGCCUGGAGCCCUCACUGUCACUCCCACUGCCUCCGCUCCGCCAAUCCUCACCUCCACCGACAGAAGUCAGCAUCUCCACCGCCAUCUCUCACCUCGGUUCCCCCCGUCUACCAUGACCUAGCAAUGGUAUUCAGUAAGGAGCAGUCUCUCAUUCUUCCUCCUCAUCGCCCCUAUGACUGCGCCAUAGACCUGCUCCCUGGAGCCCCUCUUCCCAGUAGUAGACUGUACAACCUCUCUCGGCCCGAACGAGAGGCCAUGGAGGACUAUAUUCAAGACUCCCUGACCUCAGGACUCAUCCGACCCUCAUCUUCUCCCCUGGCUGCUGGUUUUUUCUUCGUGAAGAAAAAGAUUCCUCUCUCCGUCCCUGCAUUGACUUCCGUGGAUUAAAUGAUAUCACCAUUAAAAACAAAUAUCCCCUACCACUCAUUGAUCCCUCCUUCGAACCUCUCUGUCAAGCCACCAUCUUCUCAAAACUGGACCUCCGGAAUGCCUAUCACCUGGUUCGCAUCCGGGAGGGGGACGAGUGGAAGACGGCCUUUAACACACCCAUGGGCCACUUCGAAUACCUGGUCAUGCCCUUUGGCCUCACCAACGCUCCUGCUGUGUUCCAGACCCUCAUUAAUGAUGUCCUCCGCGACAUGAUUAACAAGUUCGCCUUCGUCUACUUGGAUGAUAUUCUGAUCUUCUCCCGAAACCUGGAGGAACACCAGCAGCACGUCCGACUCAUCCUUCAGCGCCUCCUCGAAAACCGCCUUUUCGUGAAGCCCGAAAAGUGCGAGUUCCACGCCUCCUCCGUCAGUUUCCUUGGUUACAUCAUCGCCCAGGGGGAGCUACGCCCAGACCCAGAAAAAGUCUGCGCUGUCCGUGACUGGCCCACCCCCUCCUCCCGCAAAGACCUCCAGCGAUUCCUCGGCUUCGCUAAUUUCUAUCGACGGUUCAUUAAGAACUACAGUAAGGUCGCAGUUCCCCUCACCCGGCUCACAUCCCUAAAGGUUCCAUUCUCCUGGACCCCCGAAGCAGACGCCACCUUCCAUCACCUCAAAUCCCUCUUCAUCUCAGCCCCGGUGCUCAAACAUCCAGAUCCCUCGCUUCAGUUCAUGGUGGAGGUCGACGCUUCGGACUCUGGAGUAGGGGCCGUCCUUUCACAGAGGGACUCUCAGACCCAGAAGCUUCAUCCUUGCGCCUUUUUCUCCCGGAAACUCUCAGCCACGGAACAAAAUUACGACGUGGGAAACCGUGAAUUACUGGCUGUCGUGUGGGCACUGCAAGAAUGGAGACACUGGCUGGAAGGAGCUUCCCAACCGUUUCUAAUCUGGACAGACCACAAGAACCUGCAAUACCUCCGCUCCGCUCGUCGCCUCAACCCCAGGCAAGCCCGCUGGUCCCUUUUUCUCAGCAGAUUCAAUUUCACCCUCUCCUAUCGUCCCGGCUCCCGCAACCUCAAACCAGACGCCCUCUCUCGGAUCCACGCCUUGGAUACUCCGGACCCCAGUGAACCAGACACCAUCCUCCCCGCCUCCUGUGUCGUCGGCUCCGCCACCUGGGAGAUCGAUACUAUCGUGGACCAGGCCCUCCGGAACCACCCAGACCCCGGAACCGGCCCGCCGGACAGAAAGUUCGUCCCUGAGGUCGCACGCUCUCAGGUCCUACAGUGGGGGCACUCCUCCAAGCUCACCUGCCACCCCGGGUUUCAACGCACCCUCCAAUUCCUCCAGCAGCGGUUCUGGUGGCCGGGGAUGGUCCGGGACGUACGGGCGUUUGUUGCUGCCUGCUCCGUCUGUGCCCGAAGCAAAGCCUCCCACCAACCUCCGGCUGGCUUGCUGCGUCCUCUGCCUGUGCCUUCACGCCCCUGGUCCCACAUAGCCUUAGAUUUCGUCACUGGUCUCCCUCCCUCUGAAGGUAACACUGUCAUACUCACCAUCAUUGACAGAUUCUCCAAAUUUGUUCACUAUGUCCCUUUACCCAAGCUCCCAUCUGCCUUCCAAACUGCUAACCUCCUAGUCACUCAUGUAUUUCAAUUACAUGGGAUUCCCCGUGACAUCGUGUCAGAUCGUGGUCCUCAGUUUUCCUCUCAGGUCUGGAGAGCUUUCUGCCAGGCAGUGGGCGCAGCAGCUAGCCUCUCCUCGGGUUACCACCCACAGACCAAUGGCCAGACGGAGCGGGCUAAUCAGAACCUCGAGUCGGCCCUGCGGUGUGUGGCGGCCCAUCAUCCAGCGUCCUGGAGUACGCACCUCCCGUGGAUCCAAUACGCCCAUAACUCCCUCACCUCUUCAGCCACAGGUAUGUCCCCAUUCAUGUGCUGUUUUGGGUACCAGCCCCCCUGUUUCCCGAACAGGAGCAACCUGUGGCCGUCCCGUCGGUGAGGGAGCACAUUGGGCGUCUACGGGAGGUGUGGAGAUCGGCCAGGGCCGCACUCACCCGCACGGCCGAGCGCAACAAACGCCUGGCUGACGUUCACCGCUCUCCAGCACCAGACUAUCGUCCUGGUCAGAUGGUCUGGUUAUCGUCUCGUGACCUUCCCCUGCAGACCGAGUCCCGCAAGCUGUCCCCCCGCUUCAUUGGUCCCUUCCCUAUCCAGAAAAUCAUCAACCCUUCAGCGGUGAGAUUAAAACUUCCCUCAUCUCUCAAAAUUCAUCCCACAUUCCAUGUCUCCUUGUUAAAACCUGUUGCCUCAUGCACCCUGAGCCCUCCUUCCGUCGCCCCUCCACCCCCCCGAUUGAUUGAUGACCACCCUGCCUUCACUGUAAGGAAAAUCCUGGACGUGCGGCCUCGGGGGCGAGGCUUCCAAUACCUCGUGGACUGGGAGGGUUACGGUCCAGAGGAACGUUCCUGGAUCUCCCGCUCCCUCAUCCUGGACCACCAACUCCUGGAGGAGUUCUACGCUGCCCACCCCAACAAGCCCGGCAGAACGCCAAGAGGCGUUCGUUAAGGGGGGUACUGUGGUGAGACGCCUCCUCAUCCUGUGUUAUUUUGGCUGGACUUCUUGUUUUUCCCUAUCUGCCUGUUCUGGCUGUGCUCUUUUCCAGGGCUUCCUCCCCUCCCCCGGCGCUGAGGCUGAGUGAGACGACACACCUGCUACUCGUCUCCAAUCAAGGGACUUUAAGAAGCCUGCAGCCCUCAGUCUCAGCGCCUGAGUAUUGUCUACCCUGCCCAGCGGUAAAGACGCGUCUCCUGGCCAAAACCUCGUGGUAUAACUUUCUGAACUUUACUCCUUGUGACUCGUUGCAUGUCCCUUAACUCCUGUCUCCUCUGGUUUCUCCUGCAGUGUCUCCAGCCCACACGACAGCCAGCCUACCAGCCAACCAACCGGACUUCCUUUGUUCCCUUAUCUAUCCCUUUCUGUUUUUGGACAUUAAAAUCGUUUUACGUUGAGCUCUGUCUCAGUGUCUGCUUCUGGGUCCUCACUACAAGCCUGCCGCACAACAUAUAGUUUAGAAAUACUAAAUGAAGCCUCUCAAUAUAGACAAUAAAUAUAUUGCUAUUUAAAGCCCAGUCAAAAUAAUUUACCAGGUCUGCGUUCUCUUUACUCGGAGAGUUAAGGUCAUCUUCACCCAAUAUGUACAUCAGCGGACAUGCAAGGUCUUCUAUCUGUAAAGCACAAGAUGCAAACUUCCUCUUACUGACAUCUGAACAUGAACAUUUGUGUUUGAGAGCAUUUGUGUGAGUGCAGUCUUUAUUUGUGGAGCCAGAGAAGCAGUUAGGUCCCACACAUCACCUUUGCUUUGCUCUCAGGACACGUGGGCAGGAAAGAAGACAUUCUUGAAAGUAACGUGUCCUAGGUCAUCAUAUGUCCAAUAUUCCUGAUCACUAUAAAAAAAGGGUAGACAAAGUCAACAUUAUUGCUUUCAACAAGUGUUAACAAAAGUUUUUAAAAAUAGCUGACCAAUUUCCUAUUUUUCAGCGAAUAUCAGGGUAAAGUUCUGAAUGAAUUUUACACCAGAUAUCAGCUAUUUUGGCAUUUUUAUGUCACAGUUUGUUUUUGUUUUUUUUUAUUAUUUAAAUGUUAGCUGACUUUAAAUUUGAGACCAAGAUCAAGGGACAAGCGACACUGUCAUAAAACACGCAGACUGUGGUUUGUUAUUGUCUUGCUCCAAGGUCUUCUCUUCAAGGCAUUGUCUGGAUGGCAACAUGCGUUGCUCCAAAACUCAGGCCACAGAAUCACAGAGAAUCCAAGUUUUGGUCAUAUAAGGACAUUUUCCCACUUUACCUAAGUCAAUGACUUGAAUGGUCAUGGACUGGACUCAAAGAAGUCAGCGGUGCCACUCAAACAUCGGGUUUAUGGCUGUUUUCUUUGCACUGCAGCCUUAGAGUCUGAAGAUCAUGACUAUCCAGUAUUGGUCUUUGACUCUUUCCACUUAGUUCAGAGAAUUCUCUGGAUUCCUUGAAUCUCUUCAUGAAAUCCUUAAAUUCUAGGCAGUUUUGCAGUUCACAUAGUGUUCAACUUCCUCCCAUCAGCCCUUUCUGUACCCUGGUCACAUUACUAAGUAGCUGCAAAUCAACCUCACCAGUUGGAAGAUGUUCCUCCAAGCAACUCUUUUUGCCAAUACACAACUUUUUCAGUGUUGUUGUCCCUAUUGCAACUUUCUUGUAAUGUGUUACUGUUCAUGAUUUUUAAACCAUCAAACUCUGUGUUUUUAAUGGACCUUUUUAACAGGGUCUCAGCCUUUUGCGAGGUUGUGCCAUGUAAUGCUGAACUUUGUGAUUGUAACAUGUGCUUGAAAGUAUGUUUCAUCUUUAAUGACCACUCACCCUUCUGUCUCUUCAGAUGAGCCAUCAUCAUCAUCAUCAUCAUCUGGGAUCUUGAAGGAGCUUCCCACUGGGCCGUUUACACAAAUCAGACAGGAUGGCUAAAAAGAAGAAUCUGCAGUCAGUGUUACCUUAUCAAACUUCAUACAAGAAUUUGUAAACUCUCUUUUCUCACAAGCAGCUGUGAUUUUGAUCAUUCUGUAGACUUAAAAUGGCCAACAGAGAGACCAUACUGACAUACUCUGAGACCAGUUCGGGUCGCUAUUCGAAGAGCAAGUAAGACUCCAAAGGAGAGCCCGAUGAUCCCAACCCUGUCUGCACAGACCUGAUGAUGAUCUUGUAGAAGUUGGAAAGCAGCCUGUUAAUACACAACAUUUUUUUAGAGUUUUAAGAAACAACUAAACUACAGUUUAAUUUUUUUAAAGUGAGAGGUGCACAUGAUGCAAGGCCAACAAGAUAAAUUCUGCAUCUCUUCUUACCUUGCAAUAAGAAUCACCCACAUUUAACCGUUUUUUCGGACCAGGCAAGUCCUGGUGAUUAAAGUAAGCUAGCGACAGGCUAGCAUAGCCCUUGGAUGCCAACAGGGCUGAGCGAUACUCCACCAGUCCUCCACCCAAUCCCCACAGGUCUAACAUGGCAGGAAAAGGGCCAGGACCUGCAAGGCAUCAGUACAAGUAUCAUUCAAGGUACAAACUCUUGACAUAACAGUCUUGUAAUGUGAAGGUGGAUUGACACAUUUUAUGCUCACCAGGUGGUAAAAACAAAGUUCCUACAAUUCCAUCCUGACGAACGUCUAUUCUCUUCACACCUGGUGCCAUGUACCAGCGCUCAGUGGUUACUGCAGCAAGCUCACUGCUUUGACCUUUGCUCAGUGACACAUGGCCCUCCAGUAAGGACAGAAGCACCUCAUAUGGAGUCUCAACAUUUCUUUUCCUCAGCCUCAUGGACCAAAGCAGAUUUCAGUCAAGAAAUGAUGACAGGUAAGCUUUUUCAUAUGAUGUUUUCUUAUAAAUGCAGGGUUCUAGCAGUCUGAAAACUGGCCAUCAACCCUACCUCAAUCCUUCUCUUUCUCCAGGAGCUGGCUGCAGAUUCACAAACAGCCCCAUUGGCUCAUAGCCCAAAUAAGAACCCCCAACUGAGUGAUCUUGAGUCACUGUUCAAGGAGUUAGCGGACCAGAGAGAGGAGAAGGUUACCAGGUGCCUUCCAAUAAAAGUAAAACAUCAACAAAUGGAAAAAAGUUGUCUUGUGGAAGUUUAACCAUCACUUACAGUUGACAGUCCCAUCCGCUUUUGUAACAUAGUGGGCGAAUGACUCCCAGAGGUCACCAUCUUCACUGUGCAUCUGUGCACACACAGUGACAGGACAGUUAGGCGUCAGAAAGCAUCCUUUAAUGUUGAUCUGUUCAUCCAUAAGGGCACGAACAGGCGAGGCUGUCAGCAGGGGGGCUGGUCCUCUGCUGCUCAUACACUGAACCCCACCUAAAGGUCAAAAAAUACAGCAUAGUAUGUGCACACCAAAGGCUAACAACAGACACUGAUGAUAGAUUCAUGGGCCUACAAAGCAAACCUUCACUAAGACCAUGACAGACACAAGAAGAAAGAAACACAUGACUUAGUUAUUUACUUUUCCACAGACACACCUACUGGAAGCAAUUGAUGUCUGUUGUCUCCCUAAAGAAUUAUUUCACACUGUUAUUGGCAAAAUGAUCAAUUGUUUUCCCUCUGAGGUUACCCUUGACUCCUUUAUCUGCUGCUGAUCCCUGGCACCUGUGGCUGGAGUAUAAAAGGCUCACCUGAAGCUCCUCCCAGUCUCUCUCUACCUGCAGCCAGUACACGCAGCACAGCCUGACACCUUUUUCCUUUGUUUGACAAGAUCUUUUGUUAUCGAUAAACAAUAUUAUUUGCUUGACUGGUCUUAACUCCCUUAUGUUGCUUCCCCCUGAGCCACGGGUGGAACACACACAGACACAAUAGCAAGUCAUUAACCCAAAUUGAUCUGUGAAUUGUAACUUAGUACUCAAGUCCAUGACACAGACUUGAGUCUGACUUUAAUAAUGUCACUGUAGGUAAGCUAACAAUAACAUUAGCCUCCAAAAAGACUCAACCAGUGGAUGCAAAGUUUUUAGUGCCACCCUGUUGAUGAAAAAUGAAAGUAUCAAUAAUGAGGACUGGACAAAGACUCUGACACAAGUAAUGGGUACACACCCUCUUGGCUUACAUAAGAAACGUAACCUCAACUAAGGGAGAUGGUGACUAAAUAUUAUAAUGCCAGACUCUUUUGCUGCCCUGUAAUUGGUAUACGUACACUUUAAGGGUAAAAGCAGUGUAAUGUUAAUAAAGAUUUCAAAGCUCAACUUAAACACAAAUCUAUUUGGCAAACAAAAGGUAAAGGAAACUCUUACUUUUGAUAUAUUGUAAGUAUUCCAACAUCUUGUGUAUAGUGACACAUGACACCAUCCUCUUCAGUGCAAACUGCCUCAUUGUCACCACAGCCACAGAUGCUACGUAAAUUUUGAUGUUUUUCUGGACCUUCAGACAUCACCGAGUAAACAAUGAAACACUCCUGUGCAUCUGCUGUAGGUGUGACAAAAAUCUGAACAGGAAAGACCUGAAUCUAUCGGCUGGCAUGAUUGGAUAUGAAUAACUGUUGGCACCGAUUAAAUGUCAAGUUUCAAACUGUUGGUGGUUUCCAUUUAAAGAAAAACUAACAAUGUCAAGUCACAUGAGCCGUCCAUCUGAGAUCUGUGGUUGUAAAUGAGCUUUUAUUGAUAAGUAAUAAUGGAAUAAUAGGGUUUAGAUAGCUGAAAAACUGAUCAGUUUAUAAUAAGAUUUAGUGCAUGUGUGCACUUUGUUACAUAUGAUAGUUAAAAAAAAAGCAGAGGACCUAUGUGCAGCUUUAAAGAGGAAUACAUUUAAUUAACCAAAAGGAAAAAUAAAAGCUAGACUCAAAAUCAGCAUGUUGAACACAAAAUUACUGGAGUAAAAAAAUCAAAUAAAGCAUAGAAGCUACAGGGAAUACACACACACAUACACACACACACACACACACACACACACACACACACACACACACACACACACACACACACACACACACACACACACAAGAAGGCAAGUUUGCACAAGAAACACUAAAGGUCAGCAGUUAGCCAGCAGUUUCCCUGUUAACUGGCAGAAAAAAUCAUCCAAAGCAACAUUAAACAUGUAUAUCUAACAGCACAUGUUCCUCUAAAUUCUCCUGAGUUCAACUUUGAUCCCUUCUGGUGGUGUUCAGUGUCAAGUUUUUAGUUCCUCUUUCCAAUUUUUUUAUACAUUUUUGCAAUAUUUUAAUUGUUUUUUGUUUUUGCAGUGCUGUUAAUGGAGUCCUAAAGGCAAAGAGGUCAACAGAAAACCACAUCCAGGUUGAAGGGGUUUGGACUUCAACUAUCUUAAAUGGCUUUCCAUAAAAGCUUGCAUCUUUCUCCAGGAAUCUGCUUGUGCAGCGGCGUGGAGUGCAUGGUGACCUCCCCAUAUGACAAAGGCUGCAGGAGAAAGAGCAAACAUUUUCCAUCACUUUGAACAUCAGCACAUAUUCCACAUUACAGUGAGCAACCUUAGAUUAAAAAUGUAACAAGAUAGGACUCACAUUUCUUUGGUUUGACCAUGUAUAGUGGCUGUCUUGCAUUUGGUGCAUAAGGAGGUUCAAUCAGGUGACCAGCACCCGGGUAUGAUAGGCGGGUAAACAGAUGAGAUUUACCAGCAGCGUUCAGGGCCUCUUCAAUCUGAUGAAGAAUGAAUUGGAGUUUUAUCAACAAGAACACCCGAUGAAUGUGCAAUAAGAACGUGAACAUAAGUGAAUUAAAGUCAAGCUUAAUGAUUGGUUAUAGUUGCAAACUCAGUUAUCAAGAUUUGCAAAAGUUAGACACUAUAAAAAGUAUAGUUUAGAAAUACUGAAUGAAGCUUCUUAAUACAGCUAACAAAUGUGUUGCUAUUUAAAGCCCAGUCAAAAUAAUUUACCAGGUCUGCGUUCUCUUUACUCGGAGAGCUAAGGUCAUCUUCACCCAAUACAUACAUCAGUGGACAUGCAAGGUCUUCUAUCUGCAAAGCACAAAAUGCAAACUUCCUCUUAAUAACAUCUGAACAUGAACAUUUGUGUUUGAGAGCAUGUGUGUGAGUGCAGUCUUUAUUUGUGGAGCCAGAGAAGCUGUUAGGUCCCACACAUCACCUUUGCUUUGCUCUCAGGACACAUGUGGGCAGGAAAGAAGACAUUCUUGAAAGUAACGUGUCCUAGGUCAUCAUAUGUCCAAUAUUCCUGAUCACUAGAAAAAAUGGUAGACAAAGUCAACAUUAUUGCUUUCAACAAGUGUUAACAAAAGUUUUAAAAACAGCUGAGCAAUUUCCUAUUUUUCAGUGAAUAUCAGGGUAAAGUUCUGAAUGAAUUUUACACCAGAUAUCAGCUAUUUUGGCAUUUUUACGUCACAGUUAAAAUAUAUAUAUAUAUAUAUAUAUAUAUAUAUAUAUAUAUAUAUAUAUAUUUAUUUUUUUUUUUUUUUUUUUUACUGUUUUUUUUUAUUUUUUUUAUGUUAGCUGACUUUAAAUUUGAGACCAACAAAUUUGAGACAUGUUAACUAUUGUGUUGUAUCACCUUUUCCUUUAACAACACUGUAAACAUUUAGGAACUACAAGGAUAGGUUUUGGAGUUUGGAGUGAACUAUUGUCCUAUGGCUGAUAGUUGAUUUCAGCGACUUAACACAGGUUUUUUUUUAUUGUGUUUUCUUUCAUGAACUGGAAAAACAAAUUAUGCAAUGCCAAAUGUUUUUAAAAGUUGACAAGUCAAGGCUAUAGGCAGGUCAGAUUACCAGCAGGACUCUUCUACUACCUUAAAUUCUAGGCAGUUUUGCAGUUCACACAGUGUUCAACUUCCUCCCAUCAGCCCUUUCUGUACCCUGGUCAUACUACUAAGUUGUUGCAAAUCAACCUCACCAGUUGGAAGAUGUUCCUCCAAGCAACUCUUUUUGCCAAUACACAACUUUUUCAGUGUGUUGUUGUCACUAUUGCAACUUUCUUGUAAUGUGUUGCUGUUCAUGAUUUUUAAACCAUCAAACUCUGUGUUUUUAUUGGACCUUUUUUUCAGGUUCUCAGCCUUUUUGGAGGUUGUGUCAUGUAAUGCUGAACUUUGUGACUGAAAUAUGUGCUUGAAAGUAUGUCUCAUCUUUAAUGACCACUCACCCUUCUGUCUCUUCAGAUGAGCCAUCUUCAUCAUCAUCAUCCGGGAUCUUGAAGGAGCUUCCCACUGGGCCGUUUACACAAAUCAGACAGGAUGGCUAAAAGGAAGAAUCUGCAGUCAGUGUUACCUUAUCAAACUUCAUACAAGAAUUUGUAAACUCUCUUUUCUCACAAGCAGCUGUGAUUUUGAUCAUUCUGUAGACUUAAAAUGGCCAACAGAGAGACCAUACUGACAUACUCUGAGACCAGUUCGGGUUGCUAUUCGAAGAGCAAGUAAGACUCCAAAGGAGAGCCCGAUGAUCCCAACUCUGUCUGCACAGACCUGAUGAUGAUCUUGUAGAAGUUGGAAAGCAGCCUGUUAACACACAAUGUUUUUUUAGAGUUUUAAAAAACAACUAAACCACAGUUUAAUUUUUUUAAAGUGAGAGGUGCACAUGAUACAAGGACAACAGGAUAAAUUCUGCAUCUCUUCUUACCUUGCAAUAAGAAUCACCCACAUUUAACCGUUUUUUCGGACCAGGCAAGUCCUGGUGAUUAAAGUAAGCUAGGGACAGGCUAGCAUAGCCCUUGGAUGCCAACAGGGCUGAGCGAUACUCCACCAGUCCUCCACCCAAUCCCCACAGGUCUAACAUGGCAGGAAAAGGGCCAGGACCUGCAAGGCAUCAGUACAAGUAUCAUUCAAGGUACAAACUCUUCACUUAACAGUCUUGUAACGUGAAGGUGGAUUGACAUAUUUUAUGCUCACCAGGUGGUAAAAAUAAAGUUCCUACAAUUCCAUCCUGACGAACGUCUAUUCUCUUCACACCUGGUGCCAUGUACCAGCGCUCAGUGGUUACUGCAGCAAGCUCACUGCUUUGACCUUUGCUCGGUGACACAUGGCCCUCCAGUAAGGACAGAAGCACCUCAUAUGGAGUCUCAACAUUUCUUUUCCUCAGCCUCAUGGACCAAAGCAGAUUUCAGUCAAGAAACGAUGACAGGUAACCUUUUUCAUAUGAUGUUUUCUUUCAAGUGCAGGGUUUUAGCACUCUGUAAACUGGCCAUCAACCCUACCUCAAUCCUUCUCUUUCUCCAGGAGCUGGCUGCAGAUUCACAAACAGCCCCAUUGGCUCACAGCCCAAAUAAGAACCCCCAACUGAGUGAUCCUGAGUCACUGUUCAGGAGUUAGUGGACCAGAGAGAGGAGAAGGUAAUCAAGUGUCUUCCAAUAAAAGUAAAACAUCAACAAAUGGAAAAAAGUUGUCUUGUGGAAGUUUAACCAUCACUUACAGUUGACAGUCCCAUCCGCUUUUGUAACAUAGUGGGCGAAUGACUCCCAGAGGUCACCAUCUUCACUGUGCAUCUGUGCACACACAGUGACAGGACAGUUAGGCAUCAGAAAGCAUCCUUUAAUGUUGAUCUGUUCAUCCAUAAGCGCACGAACAGGCGAGGCUGUCAGCAGGGGGGCUGGUCCUCUGCUGCUCAUACACUGAACCCCACCUAAAGGUCAAAAAAUGCAGCAUAGUAUGUGCACACCAAAGUCUGACAACAGACACUCUGAUGAUAGAUUCAUGGGCCUACAAAGCAAACCUUCACUAAGACCAUGACAGACAAAAGAAGAAAGAAACAAACACAUGACUUAGUUAUUUACUUUUUCACAGACACUACUGGAAGCAAUUGAUGUCUGUUGUCUCUCUAAAGAAUUAUUUAACACUGUAUUUGGUAAAAUGAUCAAUUGUUUUCUCUCUGAGGUUACCCUUGACUCCCUCAUCUGCUUCUGAUACCUGGCACCUGUGGCUGGAGUAUAAAGGAGAAAUACACUGUGGCUGAUGUGGGAUGCAAAAGGAAAAUGCAUUGAUAGAUCUGCAGUGUUUGUGUCCAACAUCUUACUGCUGGAAAUGACUAAAUAUUUCAAUUUCUUUAUGCUGUACCUUCAAAAUAAACACUACUCAGUGCAUUCUGAGGGUAUGAUUUAUAAUUUAGUAUACCUUGAUGCCAAUCUAACAACAAUGUCCUUUGAAUUCAGGGCUGCAUAACAACUUAUAAUCCCCACAAUUUAAAAGAUUUGUAGAGAAAUAUAUAAAUGUAUCAUCAAAAGUUCUUUUUUAAAUUCUCUGAAUAGAAAAAUGUGCUAUUCCUUAAAAUGUCGAAAUGUAAUACUAGCAGAAGUAAUGUUAUUUAAGUGUCCCUCUCUUCUAUCAAAUACAGUAAUAUGAAUUUGAUCUACCUACCAUUGCCUUGAUGUCUUUUUUCCUCUUCCUCCUUUUUCCUCUGCCUCUCUUCACUCUCAGAUGGAUAAUUCCUCUUCAUUUUUUAUUGAAUAGUUUUCAUACAGAAACUUAAGCACAGAAAAAAGAGCAGCUCACACCUCACAGUGCAACAGGACGGACUGCUGUCAG